UCUUUUACUUCCACGAAAAACAUGGCGCAGUGUAAGCUCUACCAAGGAAUAAUAAAGCUGAUUCUAACAGUUGGAGUUUUUUUGUCAAACUUGACUGUAGCUAUAAAAGAAACGCAAAAUGUCCAUCACUCUAAAAUAUUGAUUCUUGGUGCUGGAAUGUCUGGGAUAAAAGCUGCAGACAUUUUACAAAGCUGGUAUAAUGAUUUUACGAUAUUAGAAGCUUGGCAUCGCGUUGGUGGGCGGAUGAGAACUACAACAUUUCAAAAUACGACAAUUGAGCUCGGUGCUAAUUGGGUUCAAGGCACUAAGAACAAUCCUAUUUGGGAAUUAGCUAAAAAAUACAAUCUCAAAGGGAACUAUACAAUGGCUGUUCCUAAACCUGGCUAUUAUAUAGUUCGUGAUCAAGUUGGUAAAGAUGUUACCAAUGAAGACGGUCGUGUAGAGUUUGAGAAAGCAAGUGAAUUACUAAGUGACAUUAUUGAUGAGAGACGUAAAGCAAAUAUGACUGACAUUGAUGAGCGUACUGGUUUAAGACUUGCUGGUUGCUAUCCACAAAAUCCAGCUCAAGAAGUACUUGAAUAUUAUUAUGAAGAUUUUGAUGCUGGUGUAAAACCACAAUAUAUUUCUACUGGGGUUAAGAAAUCUACUGGCAUUAUUGAUUCCGAUUAUGGAACUCAGUAUUUUGUAUUUGACCCACGAGGAUAUGCCCUAAUAGUUGAAGAAAUUGCUCAAUCUUUCCUGCAUGAAUCUGACAUUCCUAAGUUAGUAUUUGGUCAACAUGUCAAUCACAUAUCAUGGAGUGAAAAUGGUGUUCAAGUCUUUACUGAGAGUGGUGAGAUUUAUACUGCAGAUUAUCUUCUUGUUACAUUCAGUAUUGGAGUGUUAAAAAAUGAAUUUGUUCGAUUUAAACCUGACCUUCCUUCAAGACUCCUUGAGUCAAUAUACAAGAUCGAAAUGGCUGAUUACAUAAAAAUAUUCCUAAAGUUUCCACGUAAAUUUUGGGAUGAAAAACAGUAUAUAUUUUAUGCAAGCGAUAGACGAGGGUAUUAUCCUAUGUGGCAGGAUCUUGAGAUUGAUGCUGGUGUACAAGAUCAAGGAAUUAAUAUUCUUAUUAUCACAGUUACUGGUGAAGAAGCAACAAGAAUACAAUAUCAAAGUAAACAGAAAACACAAGAAGAAAUCAUGAGUAUAUUACAUAGUGUUUAUGGUUUGGACAUCCCAGAUCCUAUUGAUAUUUAUUAUUACAGAUGGAGAUUUGAUCCUUUGUUUGCUGGUUGUUAUUCAAAUAAUCCAAUAGGAUUUAGUGAUGAAGAUUACAAAGUUCUACAAUCAAAUGUAUCUCGUUUGUAUUUUGCUGGAGAAGCUACUGAUGAGUUGUAUAAUGGUUAUGUACACGGUGCUUAUUUUAGUGGUCUUCAUCGCGCUCAAAAAAUCCUUGAACAUAUUAAAGAAAAUGAAAAAAAUAAAAAAAUUUAAUGGAAAAAUACACAAUGAUAUUGCUGGCAAUUGCUGACGCCAAUGUUCGUAAAGCACGCGAGACCCUGGAACGAGCUAUCAAUCUCGUGAAC